CGCUCAUUAAGGAACGCCUCUGCUUUACACUAUGUCUUUAUCGGUGACAUGGACAGCCCUCGUUGUGGCAUUGACAUGGGUCAUCUACCGGUUGAGCAAGGUUGGCUCGAGAGAGCAUGGCCUACCUCCCGGCCCUCCGACCGUUCCUCUUCUUGGAAAUAUUCACGUCUUCGAGACAAGGCGUCCAUAUCUCAAGUUAACUGAGUGGGCUAAGACCUGGGGAGACAUUUACUCGUUGAAGUUCGGUUCAGCGACCGGCGUUGUCAUCUCGAGCCCCAAGCUCGCUCGCGAAUAUGUCGAUUUACAUGGUGCUACUACAUCCGACCGUCCCCCAGUCUACGUUGACGAACUGAUCUCUGGUGGCCUCGAACUUCCUCUCACUCAUUACGGAGACGAAUGGAGACUCAUGCGCAGAGCUGCUCAUGACAUGAUUUCUCGAGAGGCGUGCAACCGGCAUUUGCCCAUACAACAGGCUGAAGCCAGUCAACUGAUGUUUGACCUCGUGGGAAGUCCAGAGAAAUUCUACACUCAUCUCUAUCGGUACACUGCCUCGGUCAUCACAUCCGUGAUCUACGGCAUUCAUUGCAAUGAAUACGACAACACCUUUGUCGAGAAAUUCGACAAGUUCACUCAACGACUCGAAGCGGCUUUGAUGCCGGGCAACAGCCCUCCCGUUGACAUGUUCCCCAUCUUAAAAUAUAUUCCAGAGUUCUUGGCUCCGUGGAAAGUAAGAUGCAAGGAAGUCAGGAGGGACCAACGGGAGAUAUUCUUCGGUUUGCUUGAUUUGGUCAUCGAGCGGAUCGAGAAUGGCAAGACGAACGAGUGUUUCAUGGAAUACGUGGUGGAGCGAAAGGAGCAUUACGAGCUGGAUCGCGAAUUACUUGGAUACUUGGGUGGUUCACUGCUGCAAGCCGGCAUCGACACCACCGCGUUCUUCCUCCAGAACUUCAUAUUAUGCAUGCUCAUAUAUCCUCAUGUCAUGAAACGAGCACAGGAGGAAAUCGACAAGGUUAUCGGUCACGACAGGUCUCCUGAAUUCGCAGACUUUGAGGAUUUGCCGUAUCUGAAAGCAGUCGUCAAUGAGGUCCAUCGAUUCUGUCCUACUGCACCUUUGGCCAUCCCUCACGCGUCCACAACGGAACAGCGCAUGGGUGACUACAUGAUCCCCAAGGACGCCAUCAUUUUCGUCAACAGUUGGGGAAUGUAUCGACACGAAGACUACUACGAGAAUCCCGAUGUCUUUGACCCCGAUCGAUACGUGAAGCACGAGCUUGGCAUCAAGGCUGGUAUCGAUCCCACGGGAGUUCGAAACGACUUUGCUUUUGGGAUGGGCAGACGUCGCUGUCCCGGCUCCAUCCUCGCCAAUAACUCGAUCGCUAUAAACACCAUGAACUUACUUUGGGCGUUUGACUUCAAGAAGGCCAAGGAUCCGGUGACGGGCCAGGUGAUUGAAGUCAGUCUCGAGAAUACCAAGAGAGAGGCGAUCUUGCUGGUCCCAACCCCGUACAAAUGCGAUAUCAUUCCUCGCAGUGAGUCGAAGGCGAACCUGAUUCGUGCGCAAUUUGCAGCAGCAAGGGAAACGUUUGAACUCUUCGAGCAUCAUAUCAUCGAAAUCAAAUAAAUGUCGGAAUAGAUCUUACUCAAGAGUUAUCCUAGGUAGGUCUCUGUACAUAGAUGCAUGUAUCUGAUAGAAGGAGUAUAUGACUUGAUUUUGUGUUUCUGUCGGAAUCGAGAUCGGUGCUUUGAAUAUAUUCAAGGUGCCAGU